UUUGAUUUGCUUAUCAACACCAAUACUGUUAUCAUACCAUACCUUAUAAGUACAAAUUAACAAUUUUACGUAACCUGUGAUCUUUUUAAUACUGAUCUGCUUGUUGAUUAAAUUAAAACUACGUCAAUCAUUUAGCGGUUUCUGGCGUUACUGCCUGGUUUUUCCAGUCACCAAUACACAACUUUAUUACCCGUUUUGGUGUUUUUUUUUUAUAAAUUGCAGUGAUAACAAGGAUUGAAAAUGGUUCGUUCUCAUCAUGUAGAAGGCUAUGAUAAUUUUGUCAAUUUUAUGAAGAACUUCAAGGCACAAGGAACCGUAGUUUGUAUUUAUUUUGGUGGCUCUGUAGACGAAGCGACUGGUGAAAGUUGGUGUGAUGAUUGUGUAAGGGCAUGGCCUGUAAUAAGUAAGGUACUUGAACAGCUAGACGAUAAUGUGGAUUUCAUACAUGUUGAAGUAGGAGACAGACCAACAUGGAAAGACCCAAACAGCUCCUUCCGUAAAGAUCCCACCACCAAACUGCUCGUUUUACCAACUUUGCUCAAAUGGAAAACGCCAAAAAGACUUGAAGGUUCCCAAUGUGAAAAAGAGUUUUUGGUCAAGAUGCUUUUGUGCGACGAUGAUGAUGAAGACUCUUGGCCAGUUAUAGACAAAGAAUUGGAGGCAACUGAUCCAAAUUCCCAUUUUGUCAGGGUCGAAGUUGGUGAUAUGCCAAUAUGGAAAGAUCCCAACUGCCCUUUCAGACACGACCCCAAAACCAAAUUGCGAGUUUUGCCAACUCUGGUAAGAUGGCAGGGACCCCAAAGAUUGGAAGGUGAACAGUGCGACAAAGCCAAUUUGGUCAACAUGCUCCUCAACGAAGAUGAUGAUUAAGUCACUUUGCUUUGCUCGUUUAGAUUUUUAUGUUUUGUAUAAAGAAAUUUCCCACUUAUAAUAAAUAAUUGUAUGUAACUAA